GCCGUCCUGAGGCGCGAACGCCGCCGCCCUUGGCCGCCGCAGCCGUCGCUCAAGCCGGGGAGGCGGAACGAAGUGGCGGAGUGAGAGGCGACGUGAGGCGGAUCGGGCCGGGAGGCCGGUCGCGUUUGUUGUCAUCCUUAAGAUGGAGUUUCUGCUGGGGAACCCCUUCGCCACCCCGGUGGGGCAGAGCCUGGAAAAAGCCACUGAUGGCUCCCUACAGAGCGAAGACUGGACGCUGAACAUGGAGAUAUGCGACAUCAUCAAUGAGACAGAAGAAGGCCCGAAAGAUGCCGUUAGAGCGCUCAAGAAGAGGCUGAAUGGAAACAAAAACUACAGGGAGGUGAUGCUCGCUCUAACGGUCCUGGAAACGUGUGUAAAGAACUGCGGCCAUCGCUUCCAUAUCCUCGUAGCAAACCGAGAUUUCAUAGAUGGUGUCCUGGUUAAAAUAAUUUCACCCAAGAACAAUCCUCCCACCAUCGUUCAAGAUAAAGUCCUUGCCCUGAUUCAGGCUUGGGCUGAUGCCUUUCGAAGCAGCCCUGACCUCACAGGAGUGGUGCAUAUUUACGAAGAGCUCAAGAGGAAAGGCAUAGAGUUUCCUGUUGCGGAUUUGGAUGCCCUGUCUCCAAUACACACCCCACAGAGAAGCGUUCCUGAAAUUGACCCAGCUGCCAACAUGCACAAGUCCCAGUCUCAGCAAAAGAUGAGCUCCAGCACCUCCCCUACGUCCUUCCCGGCUCCUCAGACCCCUCCUCUGAAUGUGACCGGCCCCAUCAUAGCAAAUACGGAACAGAUUGCACGAUUACGUAGCGAGUUGGACGUUGUUCGUGGCAACACCAAGGUGAUGUCGGAGAUGCUCACGGAAAUGAUCCCUGGGCAAGAGGAUCCCUCAGACCUUGAGUUACUGCAGGAGCUGAACCGCACCUGCCGAGCGAUGCAGCAACGGAUUGUGGAGCUGAUCUCCAGGGUGUCCAAUGAAGAAGUCACCGAGGAGCUGCUGCAUGCCAACGAUGACCUGAAUAACGUCUUCCUCCGAUACGAGAGGUUUGAACGAUACAGGCUGGGCCGAUCAGCACAGAAUUCAAGCAACGGAGUUCUCAGCGAGGUGACCGAGGACAACUUAAUAGACCUGGGCCCUGGGUCCCCAGCAGUGGUCAGCCCCAUGGUGGGAAACACAGCCCCCGCCUCUACCCUUUCCUCUCAGCUUGCUGGGCUCGAUUUGGGCACAAACAACGUGAGUGGGGCCCUCAGCUCGCUCCCCCACAGCAAUCCCCGGGAUGACUUUGACGUCUUUGCACAAACGAGAGGCGUCUCCGUGGCAGAUCAGCGUAAAACCAGGACAAGGGAGGAUCCACAAACAGCUAAAGGGAUGGCACCUGCCCCAGAUAUCCGGAAACCCAGUUCAGGAGGGAUUCCUGUCCCACAAUCCUCUGUCAUGGAGGACAUUGAGGAGUGGCUGAGUACCGACGUGAAAGGAGAUGAGCUGGAAGAAGGCGUGACCAGCGAAGAAUUCGACCGCUUCCUGGAGGAGCGUGCCAAAGCGGCGGAAAGGAUCCCCAACCUGCCCUCCCCUCCUCAGGAGGAGCCCACACCACCACCAGCGAACCCGCCUAGCAAAAGGAAGCCGGAGCGGUCCGAGGACGCCCUUUUCGCUCUGUAACGGUCCUCCGCCCCCCCUCCCCCCCCCCCGCAGAGAAGGAGGCGGUGCAGCGGCAGCCCAUGGCAAGAGCAGUCUGGCUAGCGAGGGGCCCCUUCCCAUCCCCAGUGGCCCCAGAACAGGUGGCUCUUUUCUCUCCUCCUCCUCCUCCUCCGGGGCUCAGCCCCAUUUCCUUAACCUCGGGAGGGUCUUGACAGCCGUUCUACCACUCGGAUAGGGGUGGUUUCUCACGUUGCUCCCUCUCACACCCCUGCCCCUUUGACGAUGCUGAGAUUCCCCCCCCCCACUUUUUUUUUUUUUUUUUUUUGAAGUGAGAGAUCUGCAUGACUACUUGCACAGACUCCAUUCCCACUCACUUCCCGGACCUCCCCCCUUCCCCCCCCCACUCCUCUUGCUUUAUGCACAAUAGCCAUGCAUUCAGUCCUGGCUUGGCUCUACUUAGGACGACUCCAAAGCCCGGCCUGCGGUCCCUUCCUCUUGACCUGCAAAAAUCAAGCCUGACCUUCCAGCAUCAUCAUCAUCAUCAUCAUCAUCGCCAUUGCUACCUUCUCCUCUCUUAGCUCUGCAGGGGGAGGGGGAGUUGCUAUAGUAAAGCUAUCAUGGGAAGGAGAUUUGUUUGUGCGAAGGCAGCUUUGUUUAGCCAGGAUAGCUGUGCAGGUUCUGCGGGUUCCGAAGGAGCCUCUCUCUCUGCAGGCCCCAGAGCGAACCAGCUGCCUGUCUUUUCUCCCCUUGAGCCCCCCUCCCCUUCUCUAAGUAGGUCAGAAAUUCAGUCCCACCUGUGUGGAUGGGGACAGGCCAGUGUGCCCCUCCUUCCCUCCUUCCAUCCCUCUGUCUUUACAAGAACUGAUAAGGGAAAGAAAGGGACGAGAUUGCACUUUGCACUGGAAAUGUUAACCCCAUGGGGGCAGUUGCGUCUGGAGGUGUGAAACACUGUGUGUAUGUGUGUGCGUGAGUGCGUGUUAGAACCUUAUUUGCAUUUUAAAGCACUAAAUGGACUAUAUGAUCAGGUGGGACUCUUUUAAACACUAACAAAAGAGUGGAAAGCAGUGUGGGGGCAGCCCUGCUGGAAUGAGUGGGGGCUUCUGCCCUCCUCUGACUCCAGCAUUUCAGCAGUGCCUGGGGGGGGGGGGGGGGGGGCUUCACCAUUCCCCCCCCCCACCUUGCACUAUCUUGCUUUUUUCUCCUGUCUCUCUCAGUACGUGUUCUCCUGCAGUCUUUUGUUUAAUGCUGCCGUGUCAACCAGAAAAGAGACCCAAUUCUUUUUUAGAAAAACCUCAUCCCACUUCAGGGAGAUAUUGUAGCCUUCUCCCCCCCCCAAUCCCCGCCUCCCAGCUUUAUUUUAAGAAAAGGGAAAAUGUUUCAAGAGGACCCAUUCCCACAGGGCAGAGGCCAUCGAAAAGUCUUUUAAGAGGAUACAAAAAUAACUGGGUGCUGGUGGAAUUAAGUUGAAUUAAAAUGCGUGGGCUCCAAACUGAA